AUGGCUACCAUCGUGGAGUCUGCAUACGUUAGACAAGCAGGCACAGUUCAGCAAGAUAUGUCGUGGGUAGUAGCCGUGCGUGGCUGUACACGAUUCGACAUCAGAGUCCGACACAAAGAGAUUAAUGCGACACAUUUUGGUGAUCAGACGGAUGUUCCGGGAGACACUCGAAUUACGGGCGGAGAUGAAUGUUCUUAUACACCAGCUCAGUACAUAUUGCCUUUAAAGACCGAAAACUUACCGUUAGGGUGCAGUACUUUACCUCGAUUUGCUGCUCGUCAAAUCAGGGUCGACGAUCACGACCCUCGAAGAGGCGUUUAUGGGAAGGUUCCUAUACCAGAAGGAGGAAAUAUGUAUUUCAAGCCACGAGAAGAAGCCCGUGAGAAGGAGUUCGAUCGCGAGCUUAGCAUUUUAAACGAUAUCAAGAAGAAGUGUUUGGCUAAAGGCGAGAUCAAGUUACCAGAUCUGCAGGGUAUCGUGGUAUCUGGAGACGUUGAGGAAACAUGUAUUGGCAUGCUGAUGAAUGUAAUCCCUACGUCAUCAUUUGGCAUAGACCUAACAAGGCCCGAGUGCUGGGCACAAGGCGAGCUACACAAGAAGUGGGAGCAGCAGGUAAUUGCCACAGUGGAAGUGCUACAUACUCACGACAUUAUCUGGGGCGACGUCAAUGCGGGGAACAUUGUCAUUGACGAGGCGUUGAAUGCUUGGGUCAUCGACUUUGGUGGGAGGAACAACCCCGAAUUUGUGGACGACGACAAAGCAGAGACAAUAGAGGGUGACUGGCAAGGCGUGGAAAGAUUGUUUUAUGUGUGGCUGCCGAAUCGUAGAGCAGACAUUCCGUGGUAA